AUGGCUAAGGCUGAGCAUAUUUAUUUUGAGAAAGAUAUGCUAUUUACUACACCUAAGCAAUUUAAGGAAGCAAUAACAGAUUAUGCAGUUUCUAGUGGAUGGGGGAUAAAAUUUGUUAAAAAUUAUCUACAAAGGGUAAGAGCUGUAUGCCAAGAAGGGUGCAAGUUUGUUGCAUAUCUAACAAAGGUGCCAAGGGAGAGGAGCUACCAAUUAAGGACUUUGACAUUGGAACACACUUGCUCUAGAACAUAUAAGAAUCCUAGGUGUACUUCAUCAUACAUUGGGAAGAAGUUGAUGAAGAAGGUGAAAAGACAGCCCGAUAUCAAGCUGAAAGACAUCCAAGAGGCUGUCCAUGACAAGUACACCCUAAACAUAAGUGUAGGAAAAGCAGGUAGGGCUAGGGAAAAGGCUCAAGAAUAUGUUGAGGGGGCUUAUACACAACAGUACAAUCAGCUGUGGGAGUACUGUGAGGAAUUAAGAAGAACUAGUCCUGGUAGUACCAUCCUUAUGAAGGUACAUACCUUCCAUGAUGGUGAUUUAGCGGCUGAGAUGGAUUUAGUAUGUGGGGUGCCUUAUUUUGAGAGGCUAUACAUAUGUUUGGAGGGUUGCAAGAAGGGGUUUUUGUCUGGAUGCAGGCCAUUCAUUGGUUUGGAUGCCUGCCAUUUGAAGAACAAGUCUGGGGGACAGUUGAUUACUGCAGUAUGUAGAGAUCCUAAUCAGGAGUAUUUCCCACUUGCAUAUGCAGUGGUAGAGGCUAAAACCAAGGACUCUUGGACUUGGUUCAUCAAUUUGUUGCUUGCAGACAUAGGUCAGGAUAGGAGAUGGGUGUUUAUGUCAGACCAGCAAAAGGGGUUGGUGCAUACUUUUAUUGAUAACUGGCCACAGUAUGAGCAUCGAAUUUGCUGUAGGCACCUCUACAACAACUUUAGGAAGAACCAUCCUGGUGUUCUGAUUAGAGAAUUCUUUUGGAGGGCAGCCAAGGCAACUUAUAAAGAAGAGUUUGAUAGGGUGAUGGAUGAAUUGAAGGGCAUUGAUGUUGAUGCACACGGCUGGUUGGAUGCUCAUUCAACAACAAAAUGGGCCAAACACAUGUUUAGUAAGGAUGCCUUGACUGACACUAUAGUAAAUAAUAUAUGUGAGAGUUUCAACAGUAGGAUUCUUAAAUUCAGGUCUAAGCCUAUUAUUAGCAUGCUUGAGUGUAUCAGGCUGUAUAUCAUGACUCGGUUUCAAGAGAACAGAGAGAAGAUUCAGAGAGUAGAGUCAGAUAUUUGUGCCAAGGUUCUUAAAAGGUUGCACAAGGAAAAAUUGGCAGCCAAUAGACAAGAUGCUGAGCAGUAUGUUCAUCCAUGUUACCAUGUCUCUACGUACAAGGCUUGCUAUGAACCAAUCAUAACACCAAUCAAUGGAGCCAAUAUGUGGAGACCUAGUGGUGUUACCCUAGUUCAGCCUCCCAUCAAAAGAAGACCACCUGGCAGACCAAAGAAGAAGAGAGCAAGGGAACCUAAUGAGCCAACAAGGAGAGUCGGCAUCUCUAAGCAAUGCAAGACCUGUGAUGAGCUUGUCAUAGCCAGCAUGCAUAGUUUCAGCUCCACUCCAGCUGCACCACCUCAGUCUAGCAUGCAUAGCCGAGCCACUCCAAGUGCACCACGCCAAUCCAGCAAGCCCAGCUUCAGGCCAGGUGCACCAUCUCAUGCCAAGACAAGCUCAGCCACUCAAUUUGCACCAUCUCAGACCAGGAUGCACCAACCCAGUCCAAAUGUAACACCUCAUGCCAGGACUAGAAGCACAUAUACCCAACAGCACAGCUCCACUGAAGCUGCACCACACCAGUCAGGCUGCACCACACAGAAUGUACGUGCACAUCAAAACUCCAGCAGCAGCAACCCAAAGCCAAGGCAGAAAAAGGCAAGGGUGGUCACAUCAGAGACUGUAAAGGCUUCUAAGAAUGCAUCCAGAUACAUGGAAGCAAUCAGACAUGGUGGGAGUCAAUCAUCAUCUGUGCAUGGUCCAAGAAAGUGA